CUUAGUCGAACAAUUGCAUUUGUAUGUAACUAUGAAGUCGAUAUUUAUAGGUAUCAACUAUCAAGUCGCUUUCAGUCUGUCCAAAAAAAAACACACUAUAGUUUCCAACAAGUCAAAUAACCAUUAAAGAUCUGUAUGAAUCUCUGACCGUUCAUAUACAUAAAUAAUUUAUUUAGGAUGUAGUUAUAAUGUAAUCACUAAUCAGCGAUCAUAAUCUGUUUUAAAUUCGCCGGACUGUAAUUAAUAAAAGUCGUCACCGAUCAUUUUGACCAAUCUUCCAUAAAAUCCCCAAAACCUCUCACCAAAAAAAAAAAAAGAAGGCUUUAGUUGUCAAAACCCAAUGUCCAUCUUUUUUUUCUUCAUCAGCUUCGUCGUCUUCUCCGUCGCUGACCUCCCGUCGUGCUUCUCAGCCGAUCAACAGUACGAGGAGUGUCGCUCACGUAAUCUGACAUGUGGAUCUGGACACAGGGUAUUCGAGAGUACCACGUAUCCGUUCUGGGGUGGAUUCAAUAAACCCAAAUUCUGCGGUCAUUCGUCAUUCAAACUCUCCUGCGAGGGUGAUCAAAACCUAACCCUAGCGAUCGGGAACAUCACUCUUCGCGUUGUUUCUGCGAAUCUGGAGGAUCAUAAAAUUUCCGUUGCCGAUGAUAGUCUACUAGACGGAGGUUGCCUAAACAUUUGGAACUUCAACGGGAAGAAUCAGUUCACAUUAGACUCCAACACCGAGACGAUCGAUGUAUUCGUCAACUGUUCCGGCGUAGCUCCGUUGCAGAUUUCUUGCGAAGAAAGCUACGAGGAUCCGGUGACAUAUCAUGUCUUGCGAUCGUCGGAUUCUGACGAAGGUUGUAUGAAAUAUGCAGAAAUUCCGAUGCUGAGGUCUGCUAAGGACGAGCUUCAACGGUCCGAACUAACUUUUGUGGAAGCUUUGAGAAAAGGAUUCGAUUUGAGGUACAUCAUGGAAGACAAAGCUUGCCGGAGAUGCAUUGAUUCCGGUGGGAUUUGUGGUUCGGCGUUAGAUUCGGAGAGUUUCCGGUGUCUAUGUGCGGACAGACCUCACAACUCCUCCUGCGACGAUAACACUAACCAAGGCAAAAAUGAUAAAAGAAGGAGAGUGAUAGUGAAGGUACUCAUAGGUGCAUCCGCUGCGGUCGUAGGAUUAAUAGCUGCGAGCAUAUUUUGGUAUGUAUACCAUCGUAGAAAAACAAAAAGUUACAGAAAUUCUUCAGCAUUGCUUCCAAGAAACAUCUCAUCAGAUCCAUCUGCAAAGUCUUUUGACAUCGAGAAAGCAGAGGAAUUAUUAGUCGGAGUUCAUAUUUUCUCUUACGAAGAACUUGAAGAAGCCACUAAUAACUUCGACCCAUCUAAAGAACUCGGUGAUGGAGGCUUUGGUACUGUCUAUUACGGUAAGCUUAAAGAUGGACGAAGCGUAGCCGUUAAACGGUUAUACGAUAACAACUUCAAAAGAGCAGAGCAAUUCAGGAAUGAAGUUGAGAUCUUAACGGGUUUACGCCAUCCAAACCUCGUGGCUCUCUUUGGAUGCUCCUCAAAACAGAGCCGGGACUUACUGCUAGUGUAUGAGUAUGUUGCAAACGGCACGUUAGCUGAUCAUCUACAUGGUCCACAGGCAAACCCUAGCUCACUUCCUUGGUCUAUUCGGCUCAAAAUCGCUGUUGAAACUGCCUCUGCCUUGAAGUAUCUCCACGCCUCCAAGAUCAUCCACCGUGAUGUUAAAUCCAACAACAUCCUUCUCGACCAAAACUUCAAUGUCAAGGUUGCGGAUUUUGGACUCUCUAGACUGUUUCCUAUGGAUAAAACGCACGUAUCUACCGCUCCACAAGGAACUCCGGGAUAUGUCGACCCGGAUUACCACUUAUGCUAUCAACUCUCAAACAAAAGCGACGUGUACAGCUUUGCGGUAGUGUUAAUGGAGCUUAUCUCUUCACUUCCAGCAGUCGACAUCACAAGACCGCGCCAAGAGAUCAACCUCUCGAACAUGGCAGUCGUUAAAAUCCAGAACCACGAGCUCCGCGACAUGGUGGAUCCGUCACUUGGGUUUGACACGGAUACAAGAGUGAGACAGACGGUGAUCGCUGUCGCUGAGCUGGCGUUCCAAUGCUUGCAGUCGGAUAAAGAUCUUAGGCCAUGUAUGUCGCACGUGCAGGAUACGUUGACGAGGAUACAGAACAAUGGAUUUGGUUCGGAAAUGGAUGUUGUAGAUGUGAACAAGAGUGGACCGUUGGUUGCACAGUCUCCAGAUAGUGUCAUUGUGAAAUGGGACAGUAAGUAAAAUUAGUCGCACGGCCACUAACAUUGUAUGUGUUUAUUAUUUGUAUGUUUAAAAUUGUCAGUUAACAGUUAGAGAAUGGUGUUCGUGUUCUGUAUUAGAUGAUAUUUUUGGGAAUGUAUAUAAUGAUGAUCUUGUUCCGAUUCCACCUAGAGAGGGACCGUAACAUACAAAACUUCGUGAUUGGGCCUGACCGGACUAAAUCAGCAAUUUUGUAUUGCUAUUUGCUGCCAACUGAAACUAUUUU